AUGCCUGUGUGUGGUGAAUAUUAUGUUUCCGUAGAUUAUAUAGAUAGCCUUUAUCUUCAUUCAAACAUUGUUCAUUUAAAAGGAAAAAAAGAUAUUUUUAAAUGUGGAGAAAAAGAUUGUAACAGAAGUUUUUCUAAUUGGCACCAAUUUUCUAAACACGCGAAUAAAAAUCACAGCUUCGAUUUUGAAAUAAAAGAAAACAAUUGCCAUCCCUCAUCAUUGAGUGACGAGAUCCAACAGCGUCAAUUAGAACCAAGUCAGUCCGCGGAGGAAAUUCUCCAUGAUUUUUGUAAUUCGCCCGAGUCUAGAAAUGAUAUCUCGAAACAGUCUACUAGUUUUAUAGCUAAACUUUAUUCUAAUCGACAAAUCCUUAGGAACUUUGUUCAAACCAUCGUCGAAGAUACGAGCGAGCUUUUAACAGAUCUCACUUUUUCUUUAAAACCUAAUAUAUUCGAUAUAUUAAAAAACGCUAACGUUAAUGAAAAAACUAUUUCUUCUGUUGAACAAGAAUUAGAUAAGUUUCACAAUUUAUUUAACUCAUUGACAUCCGAACAUCUUCGAAUGAAGGCAUUAAUAAAUUCUGGAUGUUUUAUCGACUCUGUAGACUACAAAAUUGGUUCAAGAAUAGACAAUGUCUUAAAGCAAGGCCAUAUGAUUAAACAAAUUGUCCCUGUUAAAGCAAAAUAUUUACCCUUAAGGUCAGUUUUGCAAAAGGUAUUUAGUUUUCCUAAAGUUCUUUCUAAAACAAAAUUGUAUAUGCAGGAAUUAGAGCAAGAAACAGAAAUUCUAGAAAAUUUCAUUCAAGGAGAAUUAUGGCGCUCAAAAGUAAGGAAUCAUUUCCAAGGAAAAUUCGUUAUUCCUCUGUUCGUAUAUUUCGAUGAAUUUGAAGUGAAUAACCCUCUUGGAUCUCAUGCCGGAAUCCAAAAAUUAGGAGCUGUGUAUUAUUCUAUUCCAUGCCUUCCUCCUGAGGUUUCUUCUCUUGUCGAAAAUGUUUUUACUGCUUUACUAUUUCAUGCAUCAGAUCGAGUCGAAUUCGGAAAUUAUAAUGUUUUUAAAAUACUAAUCGAGGAACUCAAUUUUUUACAACACGAAGGGCUGCUUAUCGAAACGGAAAACGGUAUAGAAAGAAUUUAUUUCGCGUUAGGUCUUAUUUGUGGAGACAAUCUCGGAUUAAACUCUAUUUUGGGCUUUAAUGCAGGAUUUAAUUCUAACUAUUAUUGCCGCCUCUGCAAGGCAAGCAAGCUUCAAGCACGCAUAGAUUUCGAAGAAAAAAAUGCUCGAGAAUUUUCUUAUGACAGUGACGUUUGUAAUUUAAAUUCCAAAGAAUCAGGUAUAAAAGAAGAGUCGGUAUGGAAUAAAGUAGACUAUUUCAAAACUUUUACUGACUGGUUACACGAAGGAACCGAGGGAACUGCUGGUUUCGAUAUGGCCUUAAUUUUAGAUCAUUAUGUAUCAAACAAAUGUGUUGAAAAUAGACUUUCCUUAAACGUUUUAAACGACCGGCUGCGUAGCUUUAACUAUAAAGAUAACGGAAUAAAAAACGUUCCUCCCCUUAUUUUACAAUCCGAAAUUAAAGAAAAAAAAUUAAAAAUGACCGCAAGCGAAAUGCAGAAUUUUAUAUUAAUUUUUGGGAUGCUUGUUGGCGAUCUCGUUCCUCAUGAUGAGGUGUGGCAAUUUUACCUCAUUUUAAGACAAAUAGUCGAUCUUGUUCUCUCACGACGCCUUCAAAAUGGUUGUGGUAAUAUAUUGUCAAAUUUGGUAAAAGAACAUCAUUUUUUAGUUAAUAAACUCUUUUUAAAUGACAAUUUGAGGCCUAAGGCACAUUUGUGGGUUCAUUAUAAGAAAUGUUUAGAACAAUCGGGACCAAUUAUCAAUAUGAGUACUGCAAGAUUUGAAUCGAGUCAUCGCGAAAAGAAAAUUGAUGCUAACGCAACAUGUAGUCGAAAAAAUAUCACCCACACGCUCUGUUUGAAGGAACAACUUUGUUUGUGUUAUAGAUUUUUAACAAAAAGAGGCCUCGUUCCAAAUCAAUCUGAUGGUCCCUUUGAGUGUUUAAACGAUAUAUCCGAAUGUUAUAAUUAUUUUCUUUUUAAAAACAAACUGCCUCAAUCUUUUGUGGGACCAUGUCUCUGUUUAAACUGGGUUCAAAGAAAUGGCCAGUAUUAUAAACCAAAUGUUUGCAUAAUAAUUAGAUUAGAAGAAUGUAUGGGUGAAAGUCUCCCUGUAUUUGGUUUUAUAAAUUUUAUUAUAAAAAAUGAUCUCGGUGAUGUUUGUUUAGUGUGCAAUGUUGCAAGAACUACUGGUUUUAACUACGAUUUACAUGCUUAUAAAUUAUAUGAAACUUCUGAAGUUGACUGCGUCCUUUUAAACAAUUUACAUUCACCUUUCCCAGUCAUAAUUUGUAAAUGGGGAAAUUCUUCAAUGUUUGCGACACUUAGGCACGCACUAUAA